CACCCAUCUGCCAAUUGUUGACAACCUUACGAUCUCUCCAAUAUCUACAACCUCAAUGCAUGUGGGGAAAUAAGGCGCUGGUUGCCAUGCGUCUCAUACUGUCCCUACUGCUCUUGCUCAGCGCCGCCAUUCCCCAUGCGACUGCUUCCUCGGAUUAUCACGAACAACUCAACCUGCGCUCUCUCCACCCAUCCCUCCUCCUGGCCUCGUUCAAUUUCCAGAGCAAUACCAGCUUGACCUCAUUUGAACAACAGAAUUUCAGAUACUUUCCACGAUCAUUGGGGCAAAUUCUGCAGCAUGCCAACACCAGGGAAUUACAUUUGAGGUUCAGCCUGGGGAGAUGGGAUGCCGAGAGUUGGGGAGCCAGGCCAUGGGGAGGUGCAAGAGAGGGCGGUACUGGAGUUGAGUUAUGGGCUUGGGUUGAGGCAGAAAGUGACGAGGAGUAAGAAAGUCCAGUUUGCUUCCAAAGAAUGGCAAUAGCUAACCCGUUGAUAGAGCAGACGGUAGGUGGUUGACUUUAACCAAUGCGCUUUCUGGCCUCUUCUGUGCCUCGUUAAACUUUAUCGAUUCUACGAGAACGAUUCGACCGGUCAUGUCCUUUGAACCUGCAGGAAACCAUUCGAGCUCCACUCUUGAUAAUCUGCAUCUUUUACAUGGGACGUUACCGAGGGAGGUAGUUUGUACAGAGAACUUGACUCCUUUCCUAAAGCUGCUUCCUUGCAAAGGUAAGGCCGGUAUUUCAAGUCUUCUUGACGGCCACAAAUUGUUCGAUGCAUCUUGGCAAAGCAUGUCGAUUGAUGUAAAGCCAAUCUGUGAACCGGGCUCGAGUGACUGCCAGCUUCAAAUUACACAAACUAUAGAUAUGGUAUUGGAUCUUCAAAGAUCCAAACGUCCACGAGGUACGUAUUUAUUCGAUCCCAGAGAGAGUUUCCUGCUAAAAUAUUAGACAACCCAAUCCCACGACCAGUCUCCUAUGAAGAAUUGAGAUGUGAUUUAUCCAAAGAUUACCAUUCCCACGAUACUUGUUUUCCUCUCGAUGCAGCCGCUCAAGAGGAGGAAUGGAUUCUAUCACAUAUUUUCGGCCACCCUCUCAAAGGAACAUGUCCUUUGGCGGAUGAUGGAAUUGAUCCUGUAUGCAUAAAUGUUCCACAUGCUCGACAUGUAUACGCUUCAGAGGGAGCACACGAACAUAAAGAUGAGUCUGGAUACAAGAGAUGUUUUGCUCUCUCUCCAGACAAGGAUUUUGAAAUUAUCUUACCACAACAAGAAAUCUCAGAAAAAUCACCGCUCGAGCAACCCCUACUUUACGCCGAGCGGUCAUUUAUUGGCUACGGCCAAGAAAGUGGAGGAGUACAAGCUAUUCUGACGAACCCCUCGUCUACAAAUGCUAUCGAAUUUGUUUACUUGGAAACAUUGCCAUGGUUUAUGAAACUUUAUCUUCACACAUUGAAAGCUAAAAUCAAUGGGGUGGAAGAAGAUAUCAUCAAGGAAAUGUACUAUCGACCAGCCCUGGACCGAAAACGAGGCACUCAACUCGAAAUUCGAAUUCUCAUCCCAGCGAAUUCGACCGUUGUUCUCACCUAUGAUUUUGAGAAGGCUAUUUUGAGAUAUACCGAAUAUCCACCUGAUGCAAAUCGAGGAUUUGACAUCGCACCAGCUGUCAUCACCAUUGGAGACAUUGCCAUCCGCACAACCUCCUUGCUUUUACCUCUCCCGACACCAGAUUUCAGUAUGCCGUAUAACGUCAUUAUCUUGACGAGUACGGUCAUGGCGCUAUCUUUUGGAUUCAUCUACAAUCUCCUCAUCAGGAGAUUUGUGGCUAUUGAUGAGGCGGAUCAAUGGGAUGUAAGAGCCGUGAGGCUCAAGGUUCUUGCUGUUGCCCAGAAAUUCAUGAGCCGGUUCUUGGAGAAACGUUCGAAGGAUGGGAAGGAUGAUUAGGAGUGGGAUGUAUAUAUGCUCUUAGUAAGUCUUCUGUGUUUGUCAGUACUCGGAAGCAUAUGAGCUCCGAGACUAUCUCGAUACUUUGACAUGGUGACUAGGUGGUACCACGCC